UAUUCGUAUCCUGCAUGUAACCUGCGCCCUCCCCAUCUCCAGCUUUUUCGAGUAAUUUCCUGCAUACGUUUCGUGUUAUGGUCAACGUGGCUGUCGUGAGUCGAGAUCCACUAGCCGCCGGAGGGGAAAGGCUAGGAUUGCUUUGAAACUCCGGCUGGCCACCUUAUCAAUAAAAUUCAAAUCUCCCAAAAUAUCUUGCUGUUAUCAUAUAUUAUAUCCAUACCUCAUUUAAAAAGAAGAAAAAAAACCUCCCCUAUUGCAGAUUGCAACUAUCCUACCGAUCUGCCCCCACACUGCUUACCCGAGAAACUACAACCUAUACUAUCUUUAACUCCCAGCAAUACACAAAUAUGACCUCCUCUCACGAAUCUGCCAAUAUUAUCACUGGCCUUUCCAAGUUGGCUCAUCCGGCUAACGUUCAUGCCAUUGAUGCUUUCCAAGUUCCAAAGUCGAUGGUGGACCACGAUAUCCAAAGCACCUUGAAGUUAGCCGAGGCAUCCCUCAAGGAUUUUAACGAAUCUGAUGGAAGCGUCUCUGAAACCUCUACCGACUGCGACUUUGACCACCCCUCUCCAAACUCUUCUCACACAACCAACUCGUCCGCUAAUGGUACUGGUGCCCAACAUAUCUCCCCGCCGCUUGCCCUUCGCCAGAAAAGAUCCUACAGCUUCCUGGGCUUGGGCGGUUCGCCGGAGAAGCGAGCCAGAUUCUCCGAUACUUCCUUGGUUAAAGAGAUCUCGUUGCAAAUAGCCAAGCGUGGCUUGUUCAGAGCUCCUGGUUCUGCCGCGAUAACCCGCCAGAUCCCAGAGGAAGAGUUCUUCAGAAUCAGCUUUUUAAAAAAGACCCAGCCUCUGAAUAAGGUCGCUGGUUAUUCUCCAAUAACCGGUAAGAUGCGUUUAAGCUCUCUCUCCAGUAGUGUUAACAGCAGAAGAUUGAGCACCAUCAAGGACCGUGCCCUCCAGUUCAAUCCCCAAGCCCAAAGUACGCCCUCGUCGACCUCCAAGUUCCCCAAAAAUAAGUCCUUUGGUGUUUCUAUCAGAAAAUGCUCGAGAUGCGACCUUAUCGUUGACGAUAAGGAUGGAUCCGAUCGUGACGGCGAAUCGUCUGUCGUAACACAUCCGCACUGUGACUACGUCAACAAGAUUGAGUUGACCAGACUUGCCAAGGGGGUCAAUCAUGAACGCAUUAAAGCAUUAUCCGCAGUGAUUGAUACCCGGGAGAAAAGCGAAUCGUUUGUGGUUGCUAUGACUCCUGAAGAGAUUGGUGUUUGGUCCACCGAAUUAAAGUCCAUUGUUGACCUCACAAAAUUUCAAACUGUGUCAGAAACGGCCGUUGAUGACCGACCAAUCGUUAUUCGUAAGGGUCUUGAAAAAAUUACCUGGAUGGGUGAGGAUAGCCAACUCAGAAAAUUCCAGCUAGUGCUUAGCUGGAUUCUUUCAAACUGGUACGUGGAAACUAAUGGAAGCAUAUCGAUUGCUAUUUUGGAUGAUGAAAACGUCGAUAUUGGUUCCUAUUCUACUCAAUCAGAAUAUUACCACAAUGGGACAAAGGCUACUAGCAGUGAAUUCAAGUUUAUUUUAAAAAAGAACUGCUCGUUGUUGUACGUGAUCGAUCAAGCCUGGGCUUUCUCGAACGAAGAGUUUAUGAAGGAGCCACUCAGAACAAAUGUCAUGGUGUUUGACUUGGCUAACAAUCUCCCACAGGUGAAAGACAUUACCUCGUAUAUCUUGCAUGACGUUACGGCAACCUUUGACCUUGGCCACUCACCCGUGAAGGGUGCUCUGUCCCCUCCAUUUUCCCUGGCGGAUAUUACGGUGACCCAUUUUACCACGACUAAUUCGUUUAAACAUUGUUUACAGAACAAUCUUGGUAAUGAUUCGACACCCGGCUUCCUUGAAGGGACCUCAUCAGACUCGGGCUCCUCGUACAUUUACUAUGGCUAUCGUGAAGCUUCCUUGGAAAUUCUCAACUUGGUGAAGACAUUCUUAUACUUUGGGAACAAGUUUACCGCCGCCUUGGUCAACACCCAAUCGCUGGCCCUGUCUCGGUCACAAAACAGCUCCCCGUUAUUGUUGGCGGGGGAACGGUCGCAUUUGUUCACCCAUAAGUAUGUGGAUUACGAUACUGUCUAUGACAUCGUAACAAGAUGCAAGACGGCCGCAAGUUGAUGUAAGCGGGCUUGUACACUAAAUGAAUUGUGAAUGUUCGGCGUGAGGCUUAUACCAACCUUGUUUUUCUUAGCUCUAAGACCUUAUAACCUAAUUCCUUUCUGCGUAACCAGUAAACGAUGAGUUUUAUAACCCUGCGAUAUCGUGAAUGCUGCUUAUAAUCCGG